UAUACAUCAUCAUCAAGCUUAACUUCAGCAAUAAACGACAAUCAAUAGUUUCUCGGGAGAAAAAGAAAGACUAGCAAAAGGGAAUAUUAUAAAUCAGUACAGCGAAAACGAUGUAUAGCACAGGUAAAGCAAACACUAAAAAGGAGAUCAAAUGGUAAAGGGCUCCUUUCAGAGUUGAGGUUCAUAAAUGAAUAAAUGACACAAAGGCCAAGAGAGAGCAAAUUGAACACCUAAAAAUAAGGGAAAAGCUUUGAAUUGCUGCUAUUACUACGAUCAUUAAGAACCAUCUCUCACCAAUAAUUUUGAAGGUUUUCGGGCACUCCAACCCUUUGUCUGGUGCAAUUAUUUGCAAGCAUGGAGGUGGGGUUGAUGCAGAGACAAUGGGUCGAGUACACUAAGUCGCUAUUCUUGGAGGAUUUCUUGGACAGUCAGUUUAUAGAGCUGCAAAAACUGCAAGAUGAGGGCAACCCAGAUUUCAUUGCUGAAGUGGUGUCUCUUUUCUUCGAGGAUUCCGAGAGGCUACUCAAUGAUCUCACUGCAGCAUUAGCUCAACCUGACGUGGACUUUCAAAAGAUUGAUGGCCAUGUUCAUCAGCUUAAAGGAAGCAGUUCUAGCAUAGGUGCACAGAGAGUUAAAAAUGUCUGUAUUACCAUGCGCAGCUUCUGUGAGGAACAGAACAUUGAAGGGUGCCUGAGAUGUCUACAACAAUUAAAGCAAGAGAUCUGCCUCGUGAAAAACAAGCUUGAAAAUCUAUUCAGGAUGGAGCAACAAAUUGUGGCUGCUGGUGGGUCAAUCCCUACAACAGAAUUGAUAUUCUAAGUCGAAUGCGAGAGAAUACUUCCUAGAGCCACAGUUGAUGGGAGUGUCGUUUUUCCAUUUUCUUGGGGUCUUGUGACAUUAUUGUUCUUCGGUUUGAUGAGAUCUCUAUGAAAGUUUAAUGCGUGAGGAGGUAUUUUCUUUGGAUAGGAGCGAGGAAGUAUUUUCUAAACCAUGCCACUUUCUUUUGUGACGUCAAUGUUAAAAGAAGGUUGUAUUUAAAGAUUCCAAUGGAGUUCCACAUUGUGAACAACAAAACCUGGCUUUUUAUAAAUAUUUGAGGACUCUCUUUUUCAAGUUGA